CCAACGCAAGUGACGAAGAGGCCAAUAAAAACAAACAAUCGAAAAAGGGUAAACGAAAAGCCAAUAAUGCAAGUGAUGAAGAAAGCUCCAACCAGUUUGUGACAGACGUUGAAGUUGACAAAAAUAAGCAAGAUUUGGAUACUGAUAAUGAAGACUUUUCAACAAAUAAUGAAAUUUUAGCUUUGCUUAAAAGAUUGGAAACUUUGGAAAAGCUUCAGGCUGCCUCUAAAUAUGGAAAAGAAAUUCCCGAGUUUCGAAAAAUACCAGAGAAUGAAAAAAGAAUCCAAGGUUUUCUCCUACUGCUUGUGAUUGGGCUGUUAGACGAAUGA